UCUUGGGGGAAUGUAUGGACCAAAUUGCCGUGUGACUUGUGGAAACUGUUUUGAGUCUAAGCAAUGCCAUUAUAUCAACGGAACAUGUAUGAAUGGUUGUGGAAGAGGUUACCAAGGUGUUCACUGCACAGAAGAAUGUGAGGAUUACUUUUUUGGAGAGAAUUGCGAGAAAAGAUGCAAUUCAACUUGUAGAAACUGUAACAAAUCAUCAGGUGAAUGCGAAUACGGUUGUUAUCCAGGAUGGACAGGGCGUUUCUGCCAGGAAGAAUGUACCGCUGGAUAUUAUGGAGGGCUUUGCAGCAGCAUUUGUGGACACUGUCUUAAUAACUCGACAUGUGAUCAUAUUACUGGAGUUUGUGAACAGGGAUGCGAUCCCGGAUAUCAAGGGGAAAUUUGCACAGAAGCCUGCAAUGGUGGAAUGUAUGGUACAAAUUGCAGUGUGACUUGUGGAAACUGUUUUGAGUCUCAGCAAUGUCAUCAUAUCAACGGCACAUGCAUGGAUGGCUGUGACGAUAGAUAUCAAGGCUUGAAAUGUAUUGAAGAGAUACUACAAAUACCUCAGUUUAAAAGUAACAGUUUGGAAUUGAGAGAAGGCAAACCUGCCUGGUUCGAAUUACAAGUACUUAGUCAUUCAGAUUUUAAGGUCGAAUGGUUUCAUGAUGGAUAUAUGAUUACCACCUCACGAGCAAGAUUCAUUAUUACAUCUACUGAUAUGAGAAACGCAACAUCGUUUCAUACUUUGCAAAUUGAUAGAGUUAUGCAGCGUGACAAAGGUGAAUGGAAAAUAACUGUAUCUAAUGAGGUGACCUACGUAACACGGAAACUGACAGUUACAGUUAUUCCUGAACUGGUAAUUAAGAUGAAUCCGCAGUUUGACUUUUCAGUACCGAGUGGAGACAAUAUUUACCUUCAAUGUACAGUAUCUAAUCCAGAAUCUUUGUAUCAUGUCACCAAUGGAAGGAUUGUUUUCAUGAAAAAUGGGUCCCUACUCUCAGUUGGUGAAAGUUAUACUAAUUUUUCCACUAUAUGGAGAAAGUUGUCAGCAACAGGCAAUGACUCAGGUAGAUACACCUGUGUACACUCCGGCUACGAUUGCCCAGUUUCCGUGUCCGUCUAUAUAAAUGUUAUUCAACCACAACAGAAAGGAUGCAAAAGUGAACAAUCAGACGGUAUAAUAUGGAAUACUACACUUGCUGGAACAACUAAAAAAGAACCUUGUCCAGAAAAUCAAAUCGGCUUUGUAACAAGGUAUUGUAACUCAGAUGGAAUAUGGGUGUCUCCUAGCUUUCUCAAGUGCAUGGACGAAGCUUUAAUGAUUGCAUUAACCGAGUUAGACAGUAUAAUACAAGACGGAAUUCAAAAUAAGGAGAAAAUUCAAGAGACGAUGAACAAUACUCUACAAGUCAUGCAAAAUCUAACAUCGUCUAAGAAUGAGAUCAAUUCUGGAGACCUAAGUUCCUCUUUGGAUAUCUUAGAAAAAAUUGUUAACGUCACUAAUUCUACCCAGUCAAUUAUCGAGAAAAAGGUUUUUUAUGCUGUUGUCGAUAAUGUUUUGUCCUCCAAUAACACGAGGUCAUGGUCUAUUGUCAGUAAAGAGUCAGAAAAGGAUGCUAGUUCUCUCUUAAAGACUAUGGAGCGCCUUAGUGACAUUAUUAUUAAAAACCACAAUAUUACAACGACUCAGUUUAGUGGCUCAAAUUUUGAGCUUAAAAUUGACAAAACUAAUAUUGACCAAAGAGAAAUCCGUUUUCCCGAUACGACUUUGAUGAACCUUUCUAGAAAUUUAGAAGACACAUCUACCUUUCUCGAGCUACCAAAACAAGGCGGACAUGCUGAAAAGGCAAUCAACUUUGUGGCUGUAAUUUACAAAACAAUGUCAGACAUUUUGUCCUCUGAUUUCCACAGAAAUGAUAAUGAAAAUGAAGAAAAAGCGUCACCAAAGAAAAUAGAAUAUGUCAAUUCUGCAGUACUCUCUCUUACAACACAGGAUGAUUUUGGGGAGUUGGAUCCGCCACUGAAUUUAACGUUUAAGCACGUCAACCAAAUUGAAUCUAAAAGAAUGCAAGUCAUAUGCGUCUCCUGGGAUUUUGCUAUAAGCAAAUGGACGGAAAGGGGAUGCAAAAUGAAACAAAGCGAUCACAGUACAACAAAGUGCCAAUGCAACCAUCUUACGAACUUUGCCAUUUUGAUGAGGCCAUAUUCAGCUAAUGUGAAAGACAAGCAGUCCUUGAAAACGAUGUCUCUGGGUGGUGUGAUCAUUUCCAUAUUAUUCACAGUUAUGACAUUGAUUAUAUAUGUCCGGAUAUGGAGAUAUAUCAAAAGUGACCAAAACAUAAUAAUGCUGCAUCUUUGUAGUUCAUUGAUAUUGUCCUAUAUCAUAUUUUUAUCUGCGGUGGAAUGGACAGAAAAUGAGAAUAUGUGUAUCGCAAUAACGGCCAUCAUUCACUACCUUUUCCUGGUGACCUUCUUCAGUAUGCUCGGGAUGGGCGUCUAUUACCUCAUGAGCAUAACUGUCACGUAUUACGCCAUGUAUGUGGCAAACAAUUUCAAGUCUAAAUCCAGAGUCCGCUGGUUUCUGUUGGUAAUAUGGGGUUUUCCUGCCGUGAUCACAGUAACAAAUGUUGGAGCAUUUUGGGGAAAGGAUUAUCACUUGCGAUUUUAUUGCUGGUUGUCUAUGGAAAGCGGUUCCCUAUACAUGUUCAUUAUUCCUGUCUGUUUAAUUGUCGUGAUAAACAUUGCAAUAAUUGUUACACUUGUAAGAGUAUUAUGUGCUUCAAGCGCAAUAUCAAAGUCAUCAUUACAGAAAAAGGCAACAUCUGGUCUGCGAUCACUGGGAACUCUCCUACCAGUUCUUGGAGUAACCUGGCUAUUUGGAAUUCUGGCCGUUAAUGAACAUGUAGAUGUCUUCCAGUAUAUUUUUGUCAUUGCAAAUUCUUGUCAGGGCCUUUUCAUAUUCAUUUCACAUGUUGUGCUAAACAAAAAGGUGAUGCAAGCUCUGCGACACGAGUACCCCGCCUUCAGUGCUUUUAAAAGUAUCACUGAAGAAAGCAAAAAAGAAACUACUACUGUUGCAACAAGUCAGCUUACUUCAAACUUGGGUUCCAAAUCGCUCAAAGUCAAGAGGAAGGGUAUAAUUGAAAGAAUCCGUGCUUUAAAGAGAGGUAAAAAUAAAGUGAAAGAUUCCGAAGUGAUUGUAUUGGACGAAACAUUGUCUACUGAUUGUUCAACAAGUUUAUCAAAUGAAAAGAGCUUUAAGGUUUCCGAAAAUGAAUCGACGAUCAAUACUUUAGAACUGGAAUCAGCGAGAGAGAACACGGGAAGACGAUUUCAAUUUUCUUUCAAUUUAAACCCUUGGAAGAAAAAGUACACUAUUACAGAAAUGUAGACAAUGCAUUGUAUGCGCAUCUUUGUUAUAGAUGUGAUUAUUUGGUUUCAAUGCCUGUGAACUUUAUGUAAUGUGUUCCAUAAACUGUGUUAUUUGUUGCAUAAUGAAAGUACAUUCAUCAAUAUUAUUAAUGCACUUUACUAGCUAAUAUAUGCAUAUUUAUGUAUCAUUUUAAAAUGCACCACUAACAUUGAAUUUGUUUGGUAGGAAAGGGACAUAAUUGCUUUCAAGGUACACGAUUUUAAUGUAUAUUAUCUGGAAAAUGCUCAGCAUUUAAUUGAAUGCAUUGUUACUUUUACGGUGAAUACGUAAUCCUUUUUAAAGAAUGCUAUAGGUAACUUGUCUGUGUUAAUUGUAUGUGCUUUACCUCGCCCCACCCCCCUUUUCCCCAUGUUACUCAUUAAACAUACACGACCUAUUUACUAAACAGAUAUGUAUCUUUUUUAAUAAAAUAUUAUGAUAGUAUCAUAAAAAUAAUAAUUGUAUUAAAUUUCUGCAUGAUUUGAUAUGUAUUCUUUAGGAAAACUUCAUAACUUUUUAAAACUAUUAUCUGAGCUAUACAUGAACACCAUUAUGUCACAAACAAAAGAAAAGUUAUUGCAGUAAUGUACUCUGGGUUCUUUAACAAUUCAGUAAUUAAACAGCGUAACCUUUAUAAUACCACUUUUUUCAUUUGAUAGAUUCUAUUAAUUGGCUGACACUCAUUUUUGAUCAUUUUUUUCGGUAAAUGUAUAUAGGGGUAUUGUAAAAACUAGUUAAAAUAUAUAUUAAGUAUUCGA